GUUGCUGUAGUUUUAAGAGUUUUAUUUAUUUGGCAAGGCAAAAAAAUAGUAUGAAUUGAGAAAUGGAAGCAGGCAAGGGGCAGAGGGUAGGCGGCCAGGGCGCGCCACAUGAUCCGCGGCAAUCUCGCAGUGACUAGCCCUCCACCACUCAGCCCGGCUUGAAAACCCCACCUGCUCACUUCUCCACCCAAACCCAAUCCAAAAUCUUUCCCUCCCUCCCAUCCUUUCUUCCCCUCCGCCUCCGCCUCCUCGGCCGCCGGUGACGCGCCAGGCGCUAGCCAGCCAUGUCGUGCUCCCACCUCUCCACCGCGUGGUCCUCCUCCGCGCUUGCCAGCACCUCCACCCGCCGCCGCGCCUCCACCGGCAGCAGCAGCAGCCUGGUGGUGCGGUGCUCCCUCCGGGACCUCCGCAACCGCAUCGACUCUGUCCGUAACACGCAGAAGAUCACGGAGGCGAUGAAGCUGGUGGCCGCCGCCAAGGUCCGUCGCGCGCAGGAGGCCGUGGUCUCCUCCCGCCCCUUCUCGGAGGCUCUGGUGGAGGUGCUCUACAACAUGAACCAGGAGAUCCAGUCGGAGGACAUCGACCUGCCCCUCACCCGCCAGCGCGCCGUCAAGCGCGUCGCGAUCGUCGUCCUCACCGGCGAGCGUGGCCUCUGCGGCGCCUUCAACAACAACGUGCUCAAGAAGGCCGAGGCCCGCAUGGAGGACCUCAGGCAGCUGGGCGUCGACUACACCGUCAUCAGCGUCGGCAAGAAGGGCAACGCCUACUUCCAGCGCCGCGACUACAUCCCCACCGAGCGCUUCCUCGAGCUCGCCGGGAUCCCCACCGUCAAGGACUCGCAGGCCAUUUGCGACCUCAUCUACUCCCUCUUUGUCGCCGAGGAGGUCGACAAGGUGGAGCUCGUCUACUCCAAGUUCGUCAACCUCGUCCGCUCCGACCCCAUCAUCCAGACGCUGCUGCCCAUGUCCCCUAAGGGCGAGAUCUGCGAUGUCAACGGCAUCUGUGUCGACGCCACCGAGGACGAGCUCUUCAAGCUCACCACCAAGGAAGGCAAGCUCACCGUGGAGCGCGAGAAGAUCAAGAUCGAGAUGCAGCCCUUCUCCCCCGUCGUCCAGUUCGAGCAGGACCCCGUCCAGAUCCUCGACGCUCUCCUCCCGCUCUACCUCAACAGCCAGAUCCUGCGUGCCCUCCAGGAGUCGCUCGCUAGCGAGCUCGCCGCCAGGAUGAGCGCCAUGAGCAGCGCCACAGACAAUGCCAUCGACCUCCGGAAAAAUCUCUCCAUGGUCUACAACCGCCGACGCCAGGCCAAGAUCACCGGAGAGAUCCUUGAGAUCGUCGCUGGCGCCGACGCCCUGUCCGGCUGAUUCCUCCUCGCCACCUGAGCUGAGCCGCCGCUGUUAUAUAUAACUCUUUGCCUCUUUUUCUCCACUCUUCUACUUAUUAUCUUGCUUGGUCUGUGCCUGUCUGUAAUAAUUUCUCAUAUAGCACAAAAAAGGAUGUCUGUUCUAAGAUUCAGUUCGGAGAUGCCAAAUAUAUAAUCCAGAGUAAUUUAUCUA